AUGUUCUUAAAUCUCGCCUCUGUUGACUUACAUGAAGAAUAUAUAAGCUCAGGCAAACUAUCAGAGGACCUUCUAAUUUCGAAUAACAACAAGUGGUCUUCGAUGUCACCUCAAUCCUGCAACACAGCACUGCUGGUGCAGCAGGCUAACAAGGUUUUGUCGUCUCAGCAAUCCCAUCUACAGGGUGCUCUAUCCUCUCCCUUCACGUCCCUGCUGGGUGGCCCUGGUGGUGCUGCCAGUUACUUACUGGGGGACCAUUUAAAACCCCAGACAAAUCACUUGUUUUAAUUUAUAUUUAGCAGUUAUAUGUGUGAUAAAAAAUGAGAAUUUUUGAUUAAAAAUAUGUUUUACCAAAGAUUGUAUUCCAGGUUUGAAAUAGAGCAUCCAAAAAAUAAAUUUCCUGGGUAAAAAUCCAGAAUCAAGUUGAUUUGAAACAAAAAAACAAUCAAACCACAGUUAUUUUGGUCAAUUUCAU